AACUGAAAGAAACAAGGGGGAGAGCAGGAGAGGUGAACAUUUUUGAAAGAUCACUCAGCUCUAACACACCUGGGCUGGGUCUGGAUAAAAAAAAGUGGGGCCUGCAAACGUCUUGGAGAAAACAUCAGGAGGAGAAAGAGAGAGGGGGGUUUCUUCAAAGUUGUUUCCAGUCCCUACCAGUUCUCAGAGAAGGUGGCGAUGGUAUGGAUGUAACCAAGAAAAACAAGAGAGAUGGCUCUGAAGUCACUGAAAGAAUUAUCACGGAGACAGUAACCACAAGACUUACAUCCUUACCACCAAAAGGGGGAACCAGCAAUGGCUAUGCUAAAACAGGCUCUCUUAGUGGAGGGAGCAGGCUAGAGAAGCACAGCCUGACACAUGGCAGCAGUGGCUACAUAAACUCAAGUGGAAGCACACGAGGCAAUGCCUCCACCUCCAGUUACAGGAGGGCUCAUUCCCCUGCCUCCACUCUGCCCAACUCACCAGGCUCCACCUUUGAAAGGAAAACUCACAUCACCCGCCAUGGAACAUAUGAAGGGAGCUCCAGUGGCAACUCUUCUCCAGAGUAUCCUCGGAAGGAGUUCGCAUCUUCUUCAACCAGAGGAAGGAGCCAAACACGAGAGAGCGAAAUCCGAGUUCGACUGCAGAGUGCGUCCCCAUCUACCCGAUGGACGGAAUUGGAUGAUGUUAAGCGUUUGCUCAAAGGGAGCCGAUCAGCAAGUGUGAGUCCCACCCGGAAUUCCUCCAACACACUACCCAUCCCCAAGAAAGGCACGGUGGAGACCAAAAUGGUGACGGCAAGCUCCCAGUCGGUGUCUGGCACCUAUGAUGCCACCAUCUUGGAUGCCAACCUUCCCUCCCACAUGUGGUCUUCCACCUUGCCGGCAGGGUCCUCCAUGGGGACCUAUCACAACAACGUGACAACCCAGAGCUCAUCCCUCCUCAACACCAACGCCUAUUCUGCAGGAUCGGUCUUCGGAGUUCCAAAUAACAUGACAUCCGGCUCUUCCACACUGCACCCCGGGGUCAGCACCUGCUCCUCAGUGUUUGGCAUGCAGAACAACCUGGCACCCAGCUCGUCCACCCUGUCCCACAGCACGGCCACCGCCUCCACAGCGUAUGGUAUGAAGAAAAACCUGCCCCAGAGCCCUGCUGUUGUGAGCACUGGUGUGUCCACCUCUGCAGCCUGCACCACAAAUGUCCAGAAUGAGGAUCUCUUGCACAAGGACUGUAAAUUCCUGAUCCUGGAGAAAGACAACACACCAGCCAAGAAGGAGAUGGAGCUGCUGAUCAUGACCAAGGACAGCGGGAAGGUCUUCACUGCCUCCCCGGCCAGCAUUGCUGCAACUUCUUUUUCAGAUGACACCCUCAAAAAAGAAAAGCAAGCUGCCUACACUGCUGACACCUGCCUGGUAUCAGACGCCAAUGGAGACGUGAAGACUGUGUCCACGAAGGGAAAGGCUGCCUCUGCAGAAAUGCACAACUACAACCAUCGUGGCGGUGGCAGUGGUGGUGGUGGCGGUGGUGGCAGCGGUGGCAGUGGUGGCCCAUGGGGAGCAGCGCCAGCUUGGUGCCCCUGUGGCUCCUGCUGCAGCUGGUGGAAGUGGCUGCUGGGCCUGCUGCUCACCUGGCUGCUGCUCCUGGGGCUACUCUUUGGCCUCAUUGCUCUGGCCGAGGAGGUGAGGGCGCUGAAGGCACGGGUGGCAGAGCUGGAGCAGAGCCGGAGCAACGUGCUGCUUUUCAAGGAGGAGAUGCAACGGGCCAACAAGGACUGGCUGCAGGGGGAAGCACCCAGCGUGGAAGCAGGCGGCAAACUAGGGCUUGACAGCCACCGGCAGGAGGAGCUCUGGCUGUUCGUGAGGAACAGGUUGAUGGCCGAGCAAGAAAACGGAAAUCUCCGAGGAAGCCCUGGCCCUAAAGGUGACAUGGGAAGUCAAGGCCCUAAAGGAGACCGAGGGCUCCCCGGGACUCCAGGCAUCCCUGGGGUCUUGGGCCACCCGGGUCCACAAGGACCAAAGGGACAAAAAGGCAGUGUGGGAGAACCCGGCAUGGAGGGACCCAUGGGCCAGAGAGGGCGAGAAGGCCCCAUGGGACUUCGUGGUGAACCAGGGCCUCCUGGAUUUGGAGAGAAAGGGGACAGAGGGGCUGCUGGUGAACCUGGUGUUCAGGGCCCACCUGGCGUCCCAGGAUCUGUGGGUCCCAAAGGUUCCGGCGGUUCUCCAGGCCCACGGGGUCCCCCAGGCCCUAUGGGUCCACAAGGGCUCCGAGGUGAAGUUGGACUCCCUGGUAUCAAAGGUGACAAAGGACCUCUGGGGUCACCAGGACCCAAAGGUGACCAGGGUGAGAAAGGACCCCGAGGCCUCACAGGUGAGCCGGGCUUGAGAGGCUUGCCUGGUGCUGUGGGCGAGCCGGGAGCUAAAGGAGCAGUAGGACCUGCUGGCCCUGAUGGACACCAAGGCCCAAGAGGUGAACAAGGUCUAACAGGGAUGCCUGGAACCCGUGGCCCACAAGGGCCUUCUGGAGACCCAGGAAAGCCAGGUCUCACAGGACCACAAGGACCUCAGGGACUUCCUGGUACCCCUGGCCAACCAGGAGCUAAAGGUGAACCUGGAGCUCCAGGCAGGAUCAUGACAUCAGAGGGAUCAUCGACGAUCACUGUCCCAGGCCCCCCCGGGCCUCCUGGAGCCAUGGGACCGCCAGGACCUCCAGGUGCCCCAGGUCCUGUGGGCCCAGCUGGUCUCCCUGGACAGCAAGGCCCACGCGGCGAGCGAGGACUUGCUGGUGAAUCGUUCAUGGGCAGCAGCAGCUCCAUCUCUGAGCUCCUCUCUACCCAAGGUGUUGAUUUACGGGGUCCCCCAGGCCCACCUGGACCACCAGGGCCUCCAGGAGAAGGCCGGCCGGGCCCGCCAGGCCCUCCGGGAUCUUUGCUGAGCAACUCAGAGACCUACUUCUCCGGCCCCCCAGGGCCCCCUGGCCCCCCAGGCCCCAAGGGAGACCAAGGCCCCCCAGGCCCUCGAGGACACCAAGGCGAGCAAGGCCCCCCAGGAUUCUCAGGCUCCGGCUCCAGUUCUCUUGGACUCAACCUGCAAGGACCACCUGGCCCCCGGGGACCCAAGGGUGACAAAGGUGAUCCUGGGGUCCCUGGCAUGCCUGGCAGACUCUCUCAAGGGGGGUCAUCGUCGAGCACCAUGUUCAUGCCAGGUCCACCGGGCCCUCCAGGCCCACCAGGGCCUCCGGGCUCCAUUAGCAGCUCUGGCCGGGAGAUCCAGCAGUACAUCUCUGAGUACCUGCAGAGUGACAGUAUUAGGUCUUACCUCUCUGGAGUUCAGGGUCCCCCAGGCCCCCCUGGUCCCCCGGGGCCUGUCACCACCAUUGCGGGGGAGACUUUCGACUACUCAGAGCUGGCAAGCCGCGUCAGCAGCUACUUACAGACCUCAGGGUACAGCAUUGGCUCCUCCGUCUCCAUCUCUACUGAGGACAUUGUGGCUGCGCUGCAGCGAGAUGACGUGAGGCAGUAUCUGCGUCAGUAUGUGAUUGGAGAUUGGUCUCUCCAGUCUUUGGACUACGCCGAGCUGAGCAGUCGCAUUCUCAGCUACAUGUCCAGUUCUGGAAUCAGCAUUGGGCUGCCUGGCCCCCCAGGACCCCCUGGCCUCCCAGGAACAUCCUAUGAGGAGCUCCUCUCCUUGCUCCAGGGGUCUGAAUACAGAGGCAUCAUUGGGCCCCCAGGUCCCCCUGGGCCCCCAGGGAUCCCAGGCAACGCGUGGUCCAGCAUCAGCGUGGAAGACCUCUCUUCUUACCUGCACACUGCAGGCGUGUCAUCCAUCCCUGGCCCCCCAGGCCCUCCUGGUCCCCCAGGUCCUCGAGGGCCUCCAGGCGUCUCAGGAGCUCUGGCAACCUACGCAGCGGAAAACAGCGACAGCUUCCGGAGUGAGCUGAUCAGCUACCUCACAAGCCCAGAUGUGCGGAGCUUCAUCGUGGGCCCACCAGGGCCUCCAGGGCCACAGGGGCCGCCUGGGGACAGCCGCCUAGUGUCCAUGGAUGGCUCCUACAGCCGGGACAGCAGGUCCUCCUCUCACAGCGCGUCCGUCAGCCGGGGCUCCUCCUACAGCUCUUCCAUGGGCAUAGGAGGAGCCAGUGGAGGCUCCCUCGGCGAAGCGGGGGCCUUUGGCCUGGACAUGGGCCUGGGCCGAGGCUAUGGGGGAGCAGCAGAAGGUGGCAUGUAUGGUGGUGAAGGUGGACCACUUGGGGCUGGCUUUGCCGGAGGUCUGGACUACAACGAGCUGGCCGUUCGGGUGUCUGAGAGUUUGCAGCGUCAGGGCCUGCUGCAAGGGAUGGCCUACACCGUCCAGGGCCCCCCAGGCCAGCCAGGGCCCCAGGGCCCCCCUGGCAUCAGUAAGGUCUUCUCUGCCUACAGCAACGUGACUGAGGACCUCAUGGACUUUUUCCGAACUUACGGAGCCAUUCCAGGGCCCCCUGGGCAGAAAGGAGAGGUGGGCAUCCCAGGACCCAAAGGUGAGAGGGGCCCCGCAGGACCAUCAGGUCGGCCUGGGCCACCCGGCCCUCGAGGGCACAAGGGAGAAAAAGGAGACAAAGGUGACCAAGUCUAUGCGAGGCGGAGAAAGAGAAGCAUCGCCAUCAAGCCAUGAGCUACCCUUGGAGGAACAGCCCCUGGCAUCAGUUCUUGCAAUGGCUUAUGGCUUCCACGUCAAAAUCUCUCCAAAGGGUGGAAGCUGGAGGCUCACUUCCUACUGAGACAGCACAGCCAAACAAUCAAUAGAACACCUGUCGUAGUCUGGAACAAUCGUAUAUAGAUGUGUAUCUCUCUAUAAAGAUGUAUCGUCCAGUCAAAGCUACACAGCCUGAAACCACUCCACCAGGUGAUAAAGUAGCUGCAGUUCCAGAAAAAGACUGGUUGCUCUGCCAGCUCUGAGCCCCUUGGCUUCCUUAGCUCUUAGUUCUAGAUGCAACCCAGGAAGUUAGAUAGAAGUUGGCUUAGGAGUCCUUGAGCUUUGCCUAAGAAUGAGCCAGAAAAGGGAAGACGGGUAUAGGGUGUGUUCUGGUUAUCACUGCAAGGCUGUGCUGUUCCUCCCUGUUUGUUCUGCAUUCUCUAGUCAUAGAAAGGACUUGGCUAAGAAGCAACUCUUGCAAGUGAAAAAAUUAAGAAACUCACUUCCCCUGAAGAUGGUGACAACAGGGUUUCUAAUAGUCAUUCUCACCACUUGGUCUAUUCCCACUUGCUUAGGAAGUCGGUCUGAUUGUAGCUAUGGUCUGUUUCUACAGGGCCAUGCUAGCAUUUAGAAAUGUGUUCUGCACUAGACCACAGCAAGGGGCAGAAGAAAGGCAGUGGGGAAGGAGGAGAAAUAGGAAAUUUGAUACUAGGAGAUGGCACAGGAGACUGGGCACAGCUGGGCGUUGAUGCACUUUUCAGUAUCGAAAACAUGUACAUGGUGUGUUAGAUGAAAAGUCAUUUCAAUUGCAAAAUUUCCAAUUAAAGUUUUUUUUCUUAA